AUGGUCAGGCUGGAACACGAAAACUUCCGAAAUGACUGCAAGGAAGCCAACAAGAAAGAGCGGCAGAGGGAAGGGAGAUUUCGGUGCGACUGUCGGGAUUGCUGCACGAAAAUGUUUAACUUUUGUCCCAACAAGUGCAAACCUCGUUGUUGUUCGAACUCUUCGAAAGAGUCUAACGACGAGCAACAAAGCUCCGAACCGCAAGGAUCAGAAAUUGAGAGCAUAAACGAUGAAACGAAACUUAACUGGAUCAAAAUUCAUUCUAACCCUCUGUUCAUUGGUUUAGAAUGGCUAUGGAGAACAAAAUCUAACUGUAAGUGUAGAUUUUGCAAGGAAGAUGGGAAAUUGGUUGGAAAAGAAAAGGAAAACAAGGAGGAUGUCAUAGAAAGUUCUCUACAUGAUGCAUAUCUACUCGAUGAAGCGUCGUCUCUGAAGCACUACAAUAGCCGAGAUGUUUACAGAAAAUCGGCGGAGGCUUACGAAACGUUUGCUGCUGGCGUGCUGAAGAAAGCCUCCCAGAAAGAACUUUACCAGAUCAUGGAUAUAGAGGGAGUGGGUUGCCUACUGCAAAGUAAUCCUAAUCAACACAAGAAUUUUAUUCAAAGUCUGAGUCUUCUCAAGAGUGCAGUUAAUAAGAGAAGGAAGAAGGUACGUGCGCUUUAGUGAUAGUUUGUGGUAUGAAGCGCUUUACUGGUAGUAAAUAUUAAUUAUAAAGACUGAUGGAGGAGAUAUACGAUAGGUUUUUCUGUUCACAUAUCUAAUAUUCUUUCUGGCGUCGGAUGAAGCAAUUGUUUUUCACCACUUGAAUUUUUUCAAUUUGUAACGAGAAACUCUCGAAAAUUCCUGCCUAACAUGAUAGCUUUGCUUAAGAAAAAGAUUCUCACCAGUGAAGCGGAAAAUGAUCUAUAAGCUUGUCAAUGUAAAGCGAGAGGACUCAAUUAGCAAGUGAAGGAGAGAUGUUUGGCUUCGAACGUGAAAUUAAUUAAGUUGACAAUUUAAAUGUAAACAAGAGCGAGGAUCCGCGCAGCUUGCGCGUUGACGGUUGCUACGUAAAUUUAUGACUCUUCCGAACAAUUUUCUCUUUGGAAAUAACUACGCAAUCAUAGCAUGAAUGAAAAUUUUCGCAAUUGCAGAAUGAUUCGGCGAAAAGAACGGCUUAGCUAACAAUGACAAUCGAGUAACAGUUGUUGUACUCGGCAUCUGCGGAUUUAUUGGGUUACGUUGUGACACAAAGAGCGAUUAUCUGUUCUGCCACGACAAUACAAUCGUUAAAUUCUGCCAGCUAACUGAUAAUUUAUUCUGAUCAGACCUUUGACUCUGUGUCAGCAUGGAGGCCGGUGAGCUGCUCGGCAGGGACCUUGUUUUCGAGGGAGAUUUCAACUGCAUUAUGUUCUGAAGAGACAGGAGUAUCAUUUAACGCUUGAAAAAAUUGAGAUUUUUUGAUAAUACAUUUCCGGCGUCUAUGUCAUAACUAAGGAGCUCUUUCAGUUUGAAAUAUCAUUUUUAAUAAGUCAUCAGGUAAGCGCGGGAACUUUCCGUGCGAAGGUACGAGUGUGUUCUGCGGUAUCUAGGACUUAACUGUAUUAUCUGGCGAGAAAGAAAUUCUACUCGCUGGCCUGACCAAUUUGACGUUAAGUUUAGGUUGUAUGGGUUUACUGUAAUUUGCGAAACAAAACGAAACGAAAUGAAAAUCUGUAAUUUGGGAAAUGGAAAUAUGCUAAUGAUUUGCAAAAUAGAAAUUUAUAUUUUGCAAAUCAUUAGCAUAUUUCCAUUUCGCAAUAUUACAGACUUUCAUUUCGUUUCGUUUCUCAAAUUACAGUAAGCCGUUGUAUGCUUGAUGAUUUCUGUCUUGAGCUAUGUAAUGACGCUCGGAGAAUCUCCCUGCUAAAUAACGUGAGCUGAAAAUGAUGAUGCCUGAACCGUUUUAUCAGCAAAGCAAGGUUUACCUUUGCUUCUGUGCCUUCGAAGCAGGAAAACGAAUUAUUCCUGUAGUAGUUUGAUGGCAGAUGCUUGAAAUCACAUGGUGUUUCCUUCAACUGUUGGAACCUAACAUGAGCAAGAUGAACUAAUUAUGGAAUGAAUCCUUACAUCACAGCUCGAUUAAUCCUUCCCUGUAACAUGACGGGCUCUUGGUUGGUUAGUGUGUUUUCUAACUAAUUGUACUGCACUGUUUCGUAGUGUCAAAGGCACCAUUUAUUCGCAAAACACACAUAAUCUACCACAAAAUACCUGUGGGUGAGGUAAUUCGACAUUUUCGUUCUUUCCCACAUUAAUAUUCUUCUCUCCUUUUGUAAGAAUGUAGAGAUCACUCACAAUGUUUCAAGUAAUCCACCCACCCUACCUAUGUUUUGAAAUAGUCCUAUUUGGGCUGUUGUCAUCUAAAGGCAGAACCUUUCCCUUUUUUUUCACCUGGUUCUGUCUCUCUUGGGCAGUCAGUCUUGUUAGGGCCUUUGUUAUCUGAAGGCAGAAUCUUUCCUGUUUCUUUUGACUUGGCUCUGUCUCUCUUGGGUAGUCAGCCCUAUUUGGGCAGUAGUUAUCUGAAGGAAGAACCUUGUCUUUUCUACUGGUUCUGUCACUCUUGGGUAGUCAGUCCUAUUUGGGCGGUUGUUAUCUGAAGGCUGAACCUGUCCUUUUUUAUCAGUUUCUGUCUCUCUUGGGGAGCUGGUUCAUUUGAGACUGUGCGUUUUUGUCUCAUAACAAACUAAUUUUGAGUAUGAAUCUCGACAAAAUUAAAUUUACUUGUCUUGACUGUACAAUUUUUUUCCUUUAUAGAUUUAAUUUAACGUUAACCAUGAAAAACCGUGAUGAAAAGUCCACCUUUUUUAAACUAAAAAUUAGUUAUCCUGUUGCGAUAAGCAACCAACUCGAACUGAAUCAACACCAUAUACUAAGUGCACGUUCCGUUGACUGACUUUCUGGUGCCUCCCCCAAAAUCUCGUUGAUGUUUUAUUUAAAGAACAAAAUUACCAACGAGUAAAAUAUACUUCUUCUCGUAACGUAUUCCAUUGCAUUUACAUUUCCAACUCUACUCUCAAAUGUGAUAACUUCCCUUGUUUAAAAAAACAACUUCAGAUACCUGAUGUAAAAUUGGUCAUAGAUUAUUAAAGAGUUUUGUGAGUGAAGAACUUUUUCUACUAGCUUUCGUUUGUUUUCUCGCAGCCUAAUACAUGAAGUUAGCUGUGUUCGCUGCGGAGCGCCAGGAAACCCCGGCGGGAAAAAAAAACUUCUAAGAUUUUACUCCUUUAACGAUCGCUUUAAAUUACAUUACUUCCUUAGCAUUUGCCAAUUAAGUGCUGCCGGCGAAAGGCGCAAAAAACUCCGUUAUCUAUUUCUUUGCAGGCCAAUACUAUCGGGAAAAAAAAACUUGAGUUUAGCUGCGCUGUGUGAUCCAUGAGUGUUCUCAUCGCGGUUAGAGUUUACUGUUGUUUACGGUGUUAUCUUCCGGAGUGGAUAUACCGUUACUACGUUGAAAACUACGUGGUUUUGGCGAAAAACUUCAUCCUUUUCAAAUCUUAACCACUAUCCAGUUGCUUGUACCAAUAGAGUGGGUCAGCAAACUUCCACUGUAUGUUUCACGAGAUGCAAGAACGCGAGUGACGCUGACAUUAACGCGUGUACCCUAUCUGGAAAACAUACAUUCGUAUUAUGACAAGAAAGGUCCGCUUAAAGAUUUUGGGUUACUCUUGCCAUGCAAUUUGGACAGCGGAAAGUGCCAAAAAAAUAAGUACCGAAAAUUCAUCCGCAAUACCUCGAUCGUAGUGUGGGUGCGAACUUAGUUCUUCUCUUACAGUUAACACUUGCCCAGCGGAUCUUAGAUCCGCCUCAGCCUAGUUUGCAUGUAUUUUUUUUCUUGGGAAAAGCUCGUCGUGAAGCACGAUAUAGUUCUGAAACUGAAAUGUUUAACGGUCCCACGAGUUGCUUAGCUUUCCUAAACUUUAAUAAAUGAUUUAAGAAAUUGGUAUCGUUAUUUACACCACCAAUGAGAAAAAAAGACUCCAGUUGGAGUUGGCGUGUACUCCUGGAUUACGAAAGUCACUCUCGGAAAAUGUAACUAAGCUUGCAUUACAACGGGAUUAUUGUUAUUUGCGCCUCAGGAAUGUGAUUUCUGCAUCAUGGUCGUAAAAUGAAAAGCGCGUCAUUGGACCCUGUCGCGGUCGAGUGAACAUCUCUGGUGGCAGCAAGACAGCGUGAAUAAACGUGGAAUGUAAUGGGGAUUCACUGUCUGUUGCCGUUCCUUCGAAAGUGUUUGCGGUCCUGCGCGACUCCUGUUAUUCGUCCGUGACAAAUUUAUUGUUAGGAGGCAACUGAAGAGAUUCAGAGAGAAUCGAAACUGCAGCCUUGCCCAAGAAUCUAUUCAUUUGGCAGCAGUUACACUUACAGCCGAUGGCCGUGUGAAUGAUAUCAAAUUCGCUAGUUAUUUAACGGGUAAUCGACCCUUGACAUGCAAACGCAUUACAGAGAGACAGCGACCUUCUAAUACACGAACUAUUUUUCAUGUCAUACACUUAAAGGCGUAAAUACGGGAUUCGCGAAAGAAAAAGCCUUACGCCUCCAAGACCAAUUCGUCACGCUCAACGUUAAAUAAAAAACGUACAGAGUUUCAGAUAUGCUUAAAGAAUAAGGCUUUGAGAAACGUAUCUCUGGAGUUGUUUUCUGCGGAAGAGACAGAAUACUUGAAAACAACAAAAACAGCGCGUGCACAUGAAAAUAUUACUUUUUGUAACACAAUCUCGUCCGCCUUUGCCAAACCUCAAGAACAUAAAGAUGGGGAAAUGACACCUUAAACCUUAUCAUCACAUCGCAAACGAAAGUUACAAAGAGAUACCCUAAAAGCAGCUAAGCUUUUAGGGGUGUCCACAAAACGAAGACCGAAGACCGAAGACCGAAGACCGAAGACCGAGGACCGAGGACCGAGGACCGAGGUCGGGACCGAGGACCGUGGACCGAGGACCGAAGACCCUAAUUUUUUUGCCCGAAUAAGGCACGGACAGUUAAAAAACUAACCCAAAGCGUUCCUCAGCACAAACCGAUGUGAAAUUAAAAGGGGUCUUCGUUUUGUAGAAAAGCCCCCCUAAAUCUUCAAAACGAAGACCCUUGCUAAAACGCUUUGCCAGACCCCUGGGAAGGAAGAAUCUAUUAUACGUUGCCGAUUUCAACCCCACUACUAGGAAAGUUACUAGAGAUAGUAGCAUUCACAAUUUGUAGUGGCAGCAGCAACAUUGGCUAUUAGCCUGGCAAUUUUACUUAUUCUCAAAAAGGCAAAGGGAGUGAAAUAAAUAUUUGAACUAACGUCAUGGUUGAUAAUUUCGCGUCAAUUGGCGUCUGACAAAGCGUUUAAGUAAGGGUCUUCGUUUUGUAGAUUCAGGGGGGCUUUUCUGAAAAACGAAGACCCCCUUGAUUUCGCGUCAAUUGGCGUCUGACAAAGUGUUUUUGUCAAAAAGUUGGUGAUCCAUCACAACCGAAGCUGCUUUCUGACACAAUCGGGCUAUUUUUUGACUGAUACACUGAAAAGUUUGAACUGUUUUAGCCGCCCCCACAAAAAAAAAACAAAAAAACAAUAUGUGCUUUCUAUCACCUAUCCUAAGACUAAAUCAUUUUGCUACAGUAUUAGGUCACAGCCAAGUCUUUAAAAUUGUCGCGUCAGUCUUCACGCUAUGCUACUGAACGGCAUAAAUUAUCAACCAUGACAUUAGUUCAAAUAUUUAUUUCACUCCCUUUGUCUUUUUCCUCCCUGGGUUUACAGAGACUUUUUUGUCGCGCGCGGUUGAAAUCGGCAAUGUAUAAUAGAUUCUUCCUUCCCAGGGGUCUGACAAAGCGUUUUAGCAAGGGUCUUUGUUUUGUAGAUUUAGGGGGAGUUUUCUACAAAACGAAGACCCCCUUGAUUUCGCGUCAAUUGGCGUCUGACAAAGCGUUUAACUAAGGGUCUUCGUUUUGUAGAUUUAGGGGGUCUUUUCUACAAAACGAAGACCCCCUUGAUUUCGCGUCAAUUGGCGUCUGACAAAGUGUUUUUGUCACUAAGUUGGCGAUCCAUCACAACCGAAGCUGCUUUCUGACACAAUCAGGCCUAUUUUUUGACUGAUACACUGAAACGUUUGAACUGUUUUAGCCGCCCCCACAAAAAAAAAAAAAAAAAAACAAUAUGUGCUUUCUAUCACCUAUCCUAAGACUAAAUCAUUUUGCUAUUAGGUCAGAGCCAAGUCUUUAAAAUUGUCGCAUCAUCACGCUAUGCUACUGAACGGCAUAAAUUAUCAACCAUGACGUUAGUUCAAAUAUUUAUUUCACUCCCUUUGCCUUUUUGAGAAUAAGUAAAAUUGCCAGGCUAAUAGCCAAUGUUGCUGCUGCCACUACAAAUUGUGAAUGCUACUAUCUCUAGUAACUUUCCUAGUAUUAAGCAGAGUACUGAAUAUUUCCUACAUGCUGUAAAAUUACUACAUAAUGGGAAGCUUAAAAUCAGCUAGAAAUUGUGAAAUACCUCGUGUUACAAAAAUACUUUAAUGCUGUACAAGUCCUGCAUCCCCUAAGCUGGCCUCCUUUGCGAUUUAAAACCGCAUCAGUCUAGACAACUGAUGCACCCCUUUUUGUCGCGCGCGGUUGAAAUCGGCAACGUAUAAUAGAUUCUUCCUUCCCAGGGGUCUGGCAAAGCGUUUUAGCAAGGGUCUUCGUUUUGAAGAUUUAGGGGGGCUUUUCUACAAAACGAAGACCCCUGUUAAUUUCACAUCGGUUUGUGCUGAGGAACGCUUUGGGUUAGUUUUUUAACUGUCCGUGCCUUAUUCGGGCAAAAAAAUUAGAGUCUUCAGUCUUCGGUCUUCGGUCUUCGGUCUUCGGUCUUCGGUCUUCGGUCUUCGGUCUUCGGUCUUCGGUCUUCGGUCUUCGGUCUUCGGUCUUCGGUCUUCGUUUUUUAGACACCCAAGCUUUUAGGUCAGAAUUAUUAACGAUCGACUGCCUUUUGCUUUCCGGCUUACCGGCUUACCAAGCGUGUCGCCGUGUGCGUUGUAGAGUUAUUCAUUGGUCAAGUGACUCUUUUCAUUGCCAUAAUUCAAUUUUCCUUCAUUCAUUGAUCAAGAUAGUAGAUUUACCAUACAACACUGACUAUCAGUUAAUUUGCCUUUACUUAGGAAAGUAGAUUUACAACACAAUUGAGUAUACGAUUGUAACGCUGUGUAACGCAACAAUAGACCUCUUCUCAUCCAUAAUCGGUCUCAAGCACAAGCACUUAAAAAGCGCGAAACACAUGUAUCGUUGGAGAGCGUUGGGUCAGAGCUGUUGAAGAAGGAUCAUGGCGGCCAUCCAAAUCUUUGAAAUAUUCCAAACUAAGACGUACAUCAAAUUUGACCUUCUCGAAAACCAGUCUCAAAUUACAUACUAAAAAAUCAGUUAUUUCAAGUGUUCUCAAGGGCAAAACUACAAAAACUAAACUACAAAUUGUUGGCUAACCCUCGGUUAGCUUAAUCGUACUAAGAACAAUCCGGCCCGGGUUAAUAAACUUUUCUCCUUACAAAGAGAAUUUUCUCUUAGAAAUCUCCCGCUGAUAGAAAAAAAUUAAUCUCUCUAAAUGCUCUGAGAUGUAAAAGCCCAAUCAGCAUCAUUCUUGUUCUGAUAAACUAAUACGUCUAUCUGUAUGUGUACUUGUAGUUUGUUUCAAGUCCGAGGUGUCAAGCUAUCCUCGAUGAGAUUAUCUUUUACAAGAUGCGGGAUUGGCAGGACAAGAGCAAGACAAAGAAAUUUUUUUGGUCCCUUUGGCAUUUUCUCGUCAUCUUACUUGUAACUCCUUUGUUUUACGUUUUCAUUCGACCACCCAUGAAGAUAUGGCGCUGUCUGAGUGAUAUCGAAUGGCUUGCGCGCAUAGAGAAAUUAUAUGAGCAUCCCUACAAUAAGUUUGCAAACCACACCAUGUUUUACAUUGUAUUCCUGUGCCUGCUUUUCGCCUCAACUUUCGGCUUUGAACACGAGUACAGAACAAGCACAACAGGGCUUUCAUCCAUUGGUAAGUUGUGUAGAUUGAUUCUUGAGUAACCAUUUCACCACAUUGAGUGUAGUGAGUGUAUUAGCUAAGAGCAACAGCUGAUUCUGUUGAUACCGUUUAAGCUCAAAUUAGCGCCCAGGACUAUUUCUUUAUGCAUAAUCCUGAAUUGGGUGGUUAAACUAAUGGGAGAGGGGGUGGAGUAGAGAGGGGGUUCUUACUUUCAACUACUCUUUGGGUUAAAAAUGUUGUCUUUAUCAGUAGUAACCUCAAACUGCAAGGUUCUGAAAAGUAAAUUAGUGUGACAUUAAAAGAAUUUAAUCAACAUCUCGUUAGCGUGAGGCAUUAACCAAGUAUUACAUUUUUCAACAAAUAAUGAAACAGCAUCUCUAAUUCAUUUUGGCAGAGUCAUUUGCAGUUCUGAUUUGUCCACAGAUUAUGCUGUCCUCUUUUUUUUGGUCGGUUUCCUUCUACAAGAAAUCUGGGAAGUUGCUAAACAAGGAUUCCGUAUCUAUAUCUCGAAAUGGUGGAAUGUUGUGGACACAAUGACACUUUUUACACUCCUGGCAGCUUAUAUAGUAUGGCUUGUCACAUGGCUAAGCGUUUAUAAAGAAUGGCAACCGAGGAAGAAUGCCUUCAUUGUGGCAGAUGUCUUGUAUGCAAGCGCCACAGUGUUAGCGUUCUUUCACCUGGCUCACGCAUUUCAAGUCAGCUCAACUCUUGGCCCUUUGCAGCUUUCAUUGUACAGAAUGCUGAAAGAUGUGGCCAAGUUUCUUUUCAUUUUUCUGAUGCUUUUCAUUGCAUUUGCAACCGGCCUCAUAAAAAUUUAUUCAUACUAUGUGGUCUCUCAAGUGAAACUUCGUGAAGAGGGCGAGAGUCAAUUCCAGGACUUCCAUCCAUAUGCUGAGUAGGUGGAUGUUGUUGCGAUAUCUAUAUAGAAGAGUAGGCGCCCAUAAGCAAACAUACAAUAAUUCAUCUGUAAUUGAUAGAUAAAUGAUGCUAAAAGAAAUGUAAGGUGCCUUUUUUGACUUAUUGAGUGGACAGACGAAAAAGACUUAUGCCCAUGUAAUCGGACCGACAGAUCAACAUCAGACGCCUAGUUUACAUAUUGGCAUGAGCUGACAAGUGAAAAAGACAUCUGAUUUUUCAUCCUUCGCUACUUUUCAGGCACGGGAUCACUUUCAUUGGCUUGUUCUGGUUACUACUUGGCAACGUGGAAGAAGACAAAAUAAGGGUUGAUGAUCCUGCCUUUUCCCUUACACAACUGUUUGGUCGCUUAUGUAUCCUCAUCUACGUCGUUUGUACCGCUAUUGUUGCUUUAAACAUGCUGAUUGCUAUGAUGAAUAACUCCUUCGACAGAGUUAUGGUAGGUCUCAAAUUGUGGCAUGUGACAGAUUUUGAUUUGAAAUAAUAAGUCCAUGAUGUUUGCUAGCUGGGUUUUCACUCAGUGACGUAAACCACUUCGAUCACCACACCAUGAUUGGUCCGUACUAUGACUCAUGUGGAUUCGAGUAAAUGGAGUCAACCUUCGCAGAAAUCACCAAAUUCCUCUCAUCACUGAGUAUACCUACCUAAUUCGAUCUCGGAUAACCUUAAACUCUUGCCAAACUUGGGGGAUUUUAUGUGAGUUAUCACAUGUGAUAGAUUUUAACUUAGAAACUGAACUUUCGUUUUUAGAGUGAUGAGGACAAAGAGUGGAAGUUUUCAAGGGCUCAAAUGUGGUUAGAAUAUAUCGACAAAGGAAAUGCAAUACCAGUACCUUUUAACCUUGUGUAUUACACCUCUUUUGUCCUAAUAUUCAUAAUUGGAAACCUCGUUUGCUGGAUUGCAACGGCAUGCUGCGGAUGCAAAUGUAAUAAGAAGGUAAAUGUUAGCAAUUGCCAACUUGCAAAAUCCUUUUGGUGAGGUCUUGGUUUAGUGGGGUCAUCUUGUCUUUGGAAUAAUUGCAAAAUUCUUUAAGGGAGGUCCUGGUUAUACUUUCAUCAUGCUUCUAAGGAAAAAGGCUCAGAGAAAUAAAUUCCGUUCGCUAUAUUUUAGCCCCCAGGAUGAAACAUUUUUCGAUAUGAGCUGGUCUCUUAUUUAAUCCCACAAGCACACAGAAACAGCCAAAAUCAAGUAGUACAAUUCCGGGAAAUGUGACAUGUAAGUGUAGAUAUGAAUUCCAACAGAUCUUGUCAAGUUUAGAUGUAAAUUUCAACGGAUCUUAUCAAGUGUAGAUAUAGAUUUCGACAGAUCUCAAGUGUACUACAAAAGCUAUGGAUGUCUCUCGAAUGAUAACUCACGUUGGCGCUAAGAUAUGUUUUGUUUCAUUUUGCUGCUUGCUUUGACAGAAACGGCAAGAAGAUAGAAGAGGAACUGUUGAGGUACGCAAAAUGAAAGAACCAAUUUUGAUAUAAACCUUACUCGUUGGCGUUUGCCUCCUUUAAUUUGUUUGCGUUAUAAACAUUCCAGAUCAUGGUGGUAAAUCUUAAGAUGGGUUGCCUAGAUGUGCAUAAUUCAUUUACGAACAUUUUUCCCCAAUGCUUUACUUUUAGAUGCGAGCUAUGGGAGUAGAAAUGAAUGUUGAAGGAGGCAAUCCACAGGCGAUCCAGGUAUUGUGGGGCAAAUUUGCUUUUUUUCGUCGCUUUAUCUGCGACAAUUACCACUCAAAGAAGCGCUUGAUUGCAAAAUUUAUGUUUCACAACAUUUUUAAAGUCGUUAUCAUUAUUGGCCAAUAUUCUAGAGACAUAGUUUAUACAAGUUUCACUAGGUUUAACAUUUUCAAAACAAUUCUGCCUUAGAUUAUAGCAUACAUACGCAAACAUGGAAAAUUAUUAUUUCGGGAGUUUUCAUGAUUUUGACACGUGUCAGAUAUUGUCUUUUUGAACAAGGUUUCUUUCAUCUCUCCAAGAUAAAUGAGGAGCAAGGCAGCGAAGAUCAGGUAGCCUACCAAUUUCUCACAUUCACCUCACAAUUCAAGAUUGCGCUCCGCGAUCAAUAGUUUGCCGAACGUGGCAAAGAAAAGAGUAAAGGUAGACACCAAUACAUUGAGAUCCUCAUUAGAAAAAGGGGAAAACAAGAGACAAAUCCCAAAACUCGUGUUUUCAUUUUAGGCAAACGAUUUAAUGUAAAAAUAAGGAAUCUGUUUUGAACCGUCUCAGUUAUGGCACCAAUUAAGAUUUUGAAGUCAUUUCCUCUUUACUUUUUCAUGAGACCUUGUGCUUUAGUUUCGCCCAUGUUCUUAUUAUUGUAAACCUAAAAUCGAAUACAACCGAGGAGUGGUUUGUUAGAGCUGAUUGAUUACUUCCGUAAAUUGAUCAUUUUGUCGUACCACACAUGCGUGUAAGUGACAACAAUUAACUGAGGAACUAAGGGCAACAUGCAGAUCCAGGCUGCAAGAAAAAUAGAUCAUGUAUCUUUUGUGUAUAGAUAAACGUCUCAAAUUAGCCUCACAAUUCACGAUUGCGCUCCGCAAUCCAAAUUAAGUUUGCCAAACCGGCUGCUGUGAAAAGGGCAAAGAGAAAGGUGAAGACACACCUUUUCGGCGAUUUGGGAUCAUUUACAAUCGAAAUAUCAUAGAUUCAGAUAUUCGAAUCAUUGUGGGAAGCAAUUUAUUGCUACGUUUAGUAUUUAUUAUAAUACUGAAUUGGUACCAUUCCCUCUUUACAAGGAACGCGGUAAAGCUAUAGCAUCAUCUGUUGAGAAAUAUCUGAAACAGAUGAUGACCACUCAGCACGGAGGACUUUAAAGGAGUCAUUUUUUGAUGAAAGAGAUGAAGAAAAUCCAAAGUGGAUUGCGUAAAUUCAUUUACAUGAACUGUAAGCCGUUUUGAUGAUGUGUAAGAUUUUUGGUUUUUUUGCAAGAAAAUUUAAGACCAGCCCACAAUUUGUGGGCAGAAAACGAGAUUUAUUUUAGUUAGUUUUAUGUAAUUUUUAGGGGGGUCUCACUAACUUGAAUUUUGUGUUAAGAAAGGAAGAGUUCUUUAGAUUUGUGGUCUAUGUUUGCUUAUGUAUAUGCCUGUUAUAACCGCUUUGGCUGCUGUUUUCCCCAUAUUCAUGAUCACCCGUCUUUAGAUCAAUUGCUAUAUUUGUGCUGUUUUGCAGCGGUAAUGUAUGAUUAUUCUUUUUAUCUUUGACUUCUGAAUAGUAAUAGUUUCUCAGCUUGAUUAAGUUACGUUCUCCUGAUUUGGUUUCCUUUGUCCCCUCUCCUCCGCCUCCUUAGAGCAGGGUUUCAGAUCGGCACGCCCUCCGUCCCCCCUCCUUUCGGUCCGAACUACCAACUUCCAGGUAGGUUAAUAGCCAGAGCAAGAGUUCACGUUUAUGUAACAAGAUUUGUUUGGGCUUGGUUAAUGUUAACGUAGUCUUAAUAUGUGUUUAUAUAAAUCACAUCGAGUAGUCACACAGUUCGCCGAUCCGAGACCUCGCAUCUUUUGAAGCAGAUGAGUUUUACUUAGUUUCCUUGGGUUUUGGUGCGAAAAAUCAUCUUUUAUUUUUCUCUAUUAUUGUUACUUUCUUGUUUCAUAGAGUUUCUUUUUUUUCUUUUGUCUUCGUUCCUCCUACCAGUUGUAGGUACCCAUACCUCCUCUUUCCCCUUAAAAAAUCAAUUGAGGACCCUACGCAUUAUGGGGCUCACUUAAAGUGUAAGGUAAACUUGGUUUGACUUGUUUUUAAUUUUCAACUUUGUAUAUUUAUCUUUUUACAACUGUGUUUAUCCCUAUAGCUUACCC